AUGUCGACGGGGACUCUUGGCCUUAGGAUCGGAACUCCCGUCACCGCGCUCGCCCUCCCAAUCUUCACGUCAUACUACAGCCUCCUCGCCUACCGCGUCAUCUCGACUCGCGUCGGAUCGGGAGUUUUCGUAGGCGAUAAAUCAAAGGCGGAAGCGAAGGGUGCACAGGAUACUCCUGAUCCGUUAACUAUUGCUACGAGAUCUCAUGCGAAUUUUGCAGAGAAUGUGCCGUUGGCGUUAACUAUUACAGCUCUGGCAGAGAUUAAUGGUGCAGAUAGGAAUGUUCUUCUUGGAGCGUUGGGGACUUUGUUCUUGUUAAGGGUUGGACAUGUUGAAUUCGGACUUCGGCGUCCAGCGGCACUCGGACCAGGUCGUAUUAUUGGAUUCUUGGGGACUCUGGGGUAUCUAGUUGGAAUGAGUGGAUAUGUAGCAUGGUUGACGAAAGGGUAUUGGGGAUAUUGA